GCAUGACGGCCGAGCUGAGCGCCCGCCUCACGUCCGUGGAGCGCUGCGACGAGUACAUCCGCAGCCUGGACUACGAGGCGCCGCUGCACGUACCGGAACGCGCGCCGCCGGCCUCCUGGCCGCAGCGCGGCGGCGUGGAGCUGCGGGGCGUGUGCCUCCGCUACCGGCCUGAGCUGCCCAGAGUGCUGCACGACAUUAGUCUGCAAGUGCAGCCUGGCGAGAAGGUCGGCGUUGUCGGACGCACGGGCGCAGGCAAGUCGACCUUCAUCUCCACGCUGCUGCGUAUGGUGGAGGUGGAGACGGGCACCAUCCUGAUCGACGGCCUCGACAUCCGGCCGAUGGGGCUGCAUGACCUGAGGUCACGUAUCGACGUCAUCCCGCAGGACCCGGUGCUCUUCUCUGGCACCAUCAGACACAACCUGGCUCCGUUCAACGAGUACCCCGACGAAAGCUGUGGACUAUACUAA